AAUUAUUUGCUUGUGUGUAUAAGACCAACACCAAGAAACUCUCAUAUUCACCCUGAAGGUAUUGAUAUUUGGGGAAUAGAUCAAAACGAAGGAGAGGAAAAAAAGGCUGAUAACAAGAUAUGGAUAGCAAGCCAAAGCCUGUUUAUGAAGAUUUUGAGGUACACACAGAAUGGGUGAAUGAAGCUUCCUAUGACGCUUUAGUUGCCUCUGUCCCAGGCUUCAAGAGGGAGCAACUCAAAGUUCAAAUAUCCUCAGGGGGAAACUUGAGGAUAUCUGGAGAACGUCCAAUUGGUGACACCAAAUUCAGCCGUUUCCACAAGGAAAUUCCUAUUCCAUCAAAUUGGGACCAAAGUAAGAUCAAUGCAAAAGUCAUGGAUGGUAUGCUUCAGCUCAAACACCCCAAAUUGAUCACUUCGGCCGAGAAGCAGGAAGAGGCAAAACCAUCUGAGGAAGUGCCCCAAAGCCCCGAAGACGUGCCUCAUAAACAAAAGAAUGGUCCAGAACAAGCUGUUCAAGAAUCUUCUCCCAAGGCCACCUUGGAAAAUCAAACAGGUGAGGAGACAAAUGAGGCAGCAAAGGAUGUUUCAGAGAAGGCACCGAAUAAAGAGGACAUGAAAGACAAAAAGGCUGACAUCGUUGCAGCUGCUAAUGAAGCUAACAUGACUAUGGAUGGCACUGGAAUUUACCAGCAGCUAGGGAUCUUUAAGCAAGUUCUUGACAGUUUGGUCUUGGGACUAAAGAAUCCAAGCAAAGUGAUGAACAUGGCUUUGGUUGCUUUCUUGGCCGUGCUACUUGCACUUUUUGUUAGAGAUGGGAUCAGGUCUCUUGGGAAUUACUACAACUAAGCUUGUGGGAGUUCACCAUAAUUAUGUGUGUUCGAGAAUUCGUAGAAAUAAUAAGUUAAGAGCAUC